UCAGCGGGCCGCGGACGACAAUAUCCCCACAAACAAAAAAAAAAAAAAAAAAAAAAACAAAACAGAACCAACAAAAACAGCUCACAACAUUGGCAACAUAGCAACCCCCACCCAAUCAGCAACAUUAGUUACAACUUAGGGUACCCAUUAUAUGAUUGGAUAUGAUACAGAAAGGCCGAUUGUUAAGUGAUUUUGUGCGGUGAUCAAUGUGUGCGAUCGGCAGUUUGGCAGAAUACUCCAAGAAUGCCGCGUUAAUUGAGCUGUACGUACAGCUGUAGUACAAAUUUGCAUAACCAGUGAGGAGGCAUAAACAAAUCUGGCCGCCGAGCGGAGGAGCGUCGUCUUGGUUCACUGAUUUAAUGCCACAAACAGAUUGCAGAUUGUAGCCCGCAGCCCACAGCCGCGCCCCUGCAACUUGCAACUUCUUUCGCUGCAACUUGCUGCAGCAGGCAGCAGCAGCAACCAGCUAGCAGCCAGCAGCGACCACCUUCACCUCCACCUCGAACUCCUUGCUGCAUCUUGGACGCGGUUUGGUCUUGGUCAACCUGCUUGCCAGCUUGUUUCUGCGGAAGAGCUGCCGCCGGAGCGCCAGACCCGGCAAAAAAAAAACAAAAUAAUACAAAAACAAAAAGAAAACAAAUCUACAAAAAAAAAGUAGGGAAAAAACACAUAGAGAACAACACGGCUGCCGUUGUCGUCGUCUUUGGAAUUUUCUUUAAAAACAACGCGCUAAGAUUUGCAACGCGGACUCAGGCAAAAAGUGUAAAAGGCAAGCAAAUGCAGUCGCGGUAUAAAAAAAAUUAGCGCAUAGUGAAGUGUGUCCCCGUGUGUGUGUGUGUGUGUACACCAGUGUGUGUGUGUUCUAAAGUGUGCGAAUAAAAAAGCUGCCCAACUGCGAGAGAAAAAGUUUGAAAAGUGUCAAGCGAGCGGCUCGGUGGCGGCCAAUAACCCAACGAGUGGCAUGCAAUUGCGGCCAGGCGGCGACCCCGACGGGUUAAUUACCGUUAUCCUUGCAACACAACAACAACUAAAGCAACUAAAGCAAGUGAAGCAAGUGAAGCAACAACAACGAGUCACUCCAAACGCUGCUCAAGUUGUGGAUUACGUCUACGCCGCGUUGUCGCCGUGUGAAAACAGCAGGACAACAGGAACACAACAGCAUCUGCAACAUUGGCCAUAAAAACCGCAUUGAGCACACGGCAAAGUCAAGUGAACAUUCCAAUUGGCAACGUAACGGGCUAAUUGGCACACACAAACACACAGCGCUGCACAUCAAAACGAGCCCCAAAAAUUGCAAGAAAGGAACCAGAAAACAGGCGAAACCCGGCGUAAAUCCCAAUCCCAUUCAACAUGCGUCAAACGGAGGACUAACGUACAACUGCGAUAACUGGCAAUAAGCGAGGAGGAGCGUCAAAGGAUUGCAGCUUUGCCCCUUCAUCCGGAAAACUCCCUCAAUUCCCCCCCACCCCACACCCGGAAAACGCAAGGAAAAUGCCAUCCGUAGCGAACAGCAACUACAGCAACGAUGCGCGUCUCAGUUACGUUGUAAAUCAAGUUGCAUCCGUAUCUGUGUCCAUAUCCGCAUCCGCAUCCGCAUCAGCAUCAGCAUCCGCUCUCCUGCCCUCCGUAUCCGCAUCCGCAUUUCCCACAUUCAGUCCACCGCGCAUCGCCAGUCUGGUGGCCAGCAGCUCGGCGGAGGACUUGAGCAGCUUUGGUGACGUGACGUUCGACAUCUUCGAUGACGAUGACGACUUGUUCGGCUCGCCAAUGGCCUUCGAUGCCAGCGAACAGGGCCUCUGGAACGGACGCUUUGUACCGCCACCGCCCCGCCCGCCCUUCUUCGUCGACGAGCCGGUGCUGAGCGACGGCCUGACCACGUGUGACUUGUGCUCCUGGGCGAUGCCCACCAAGAGCACCUUCAUGUUCGAGGGAACGAUAGAAAAGGCCACAGAACUGGGCUGGCCACUGACUCUGAUCAUCGUGUCCGUGUUGUCGGCGCUGCUAGGCGCCAUCAUCAUGAUUGCCGUGGUGCGCUGCCGGCGCAAAAAGUCCUCCAACAAUCGCAACGACACGCACGUGCAAUGGUGGUCUCGCAACAAGCGCGCCCACGGCAACGGCUUGAGUGGUGCGGGCGGGGCAAGUGGAGCGGCGGGUGGUGCCGGCGGCAGUGUGCAUCACCAUCACAACGGCAGCAGCAGCAACAUAAACAACAACCACCUGAGGAGGAGCAACAUCUAUACGGCCCACCCGGCGGACAGCAUAAGAGGUCUGCAACCGCUGCCGGUGGUGAUGCCGUUGCCACUGCCAUUGCCCCACCCACCUUCUGGUGGUGCCUCACCAGCGUCAUCGUCGUUGACCACACCACCAGCCGCACACCAGCAGCAGCAGCAGCAGCAGCAACAUCCGACGUUGCAACAGCAGCAGUACUUCCACCCAUACCAACAGCAGCAGCAGCAGCAACAGCAUGUGCACCACUCGCAUACGCACCACCAUCACACGCACCACCAUGUGCCGCUGUAUCCACACGACUGCGACGAUGAUGCCGCCUACGAGGAGCCGGAGUACCAUCAGCCACAGCAGCUGCACUCGGUGAACAGCAGUAGUUCGUUGUCCUCGAUGGGAUCCACAUCAUUGCAGCCGGAGUCCAGCAAUUCGCGAGCCACCCACUGGCCACCGGGUGCCACAUCGGCCACCAUGGUCAUAGCCAGCUGAGAAACGGGCCAGGACUGCGCCUGGAUUUGGCAGCAGUAAAAUGGGUCUGUGUGGAUGGCACCCACCCAUCUGUGUGCCCAUUUCACUUAAGAUGCAGCGCACAUGGAUGGGUGCAGAUCAUAAAGGGGAUUACACGUAA